UGUCCCAAGUUACUUUCGUUCGAUGUCAGAAAGGCUGUCAGAGGUACUUGAUGAUAUUGGUGUGAACUGCAAUAUAGCGUACAAAAGAGGAACAGCCCAUAAGCUGAUGGAACUGAUGUAUUCUGGAAUGUAUAGUCUUACCGGCAGAGAUGUUAUUGUGAAUUAUUUUGGAAGUCAGAUUGAAGGGACAACUACUUUGGGACUCCGCUCUGACAGAGAUAUCGUCUGUUUUCCAAAUUAUUACAACAUUAUACAAGAUUUAAACGAGUGGAAACCUGGGCCUGUAAAUCUUUUGAUGAUCAAAGAUGAGGCACCGAGUAAAGGAUAUGUGUAUCUUCAAUAUCUGAGAGAUGAUAAACCACUUCCCCUGGAGUAUCCAUCCAAUCCGUAUAGCAUUCGGGACCUUAAAAAUAGAGUGCUGCUUUCGAACACUGUUAUUGAAUCAACGAUGUGUGAAGGGCAUACACGAAAUGGUCCAGCCGUAACACAUACCACACCGGGGUUCCGUGACACGGAUAUCAUAAACGGUUUAGUUUGUAAAUCGUGGUUUACAUAUGCACAUCCUUUGCAGACAAUGUCCCGCGAAGGACAAUGGCCUCCAAAGGAAAUACAAACAGAUGCAAAGAACACUGGAUGUUUUGUAGUUCCCGUUGGAUGCAAAGAAAGUGAAAAUGUAGAACUUGAAUGGAGAGUGUCUACAUCCAAAGUAGAGAGAAGUUUAGUACAUUAUUUAAAUAAGACACAAAUAAUGUGUUACAUAUUAAUGAAAAUGAUUCUGAAAGAAUUUAUCAAUAUCAAGCAUUACGGUGUAAUAACAAGUUAUAUAUGUAAGACAGGUUUAUUCCACAGUGUUCAAGGAACACAUCCACUUGUUUGGAUUGAAUCCAAUUUACUUACAUGUUUAACAAUAUGCCUUAUGUUUUUGCGUAAAUUCAUUUUAGAUAGGUAUUGCCCACAUUUCAUUAUACCAUGUAAUAAUUUGAUGCAAGGACGGUUCUCGGGAGAUGUCCAUCAUGGGCUACUUGAACUCAUAAAGGACAUUAUAAAUGGUAAAGGAGAGUUUCUGUUUUGUAUUGAGACAGAUCAUCUAGCUUCACGAUUAAUGGCAAAAUUUGGCAUGUUAUGUCGUCCUCUUAAAUCUAAAAUUGAUAUAUGGUUAAGGAUAUCCGGUAGUAUGGUUAUCGAAAUGGCAAACUGUGUCAGUAACUGUCACAGAAGUGUUCUGGAACAUAUAAGAAAUGAAAAUUCAGAGGUGGUGAUGAGAACUUUGUUUUGGUUAAAUUUCAAAUUGAAAGUGUCUAGAAAUGUCUGUAAAGACAUUGUGAGAGGCAAAUGGUGUCUAUUUGAACCAUUGUUAAAUACAACGUUAGGAUGUGUAAUAGCGUCAAGAAGUAUUGGCCAGUUUAACACUGUGUCUCUUGAAGCCCUUGGGUGGUUUUCAGCGGGUUUAGACUCUGAUGUGUCGUCUAGUAGAUUAAAGCUGGCAUCUGCCUUUUAUUGCGCAGGAGAUAUUCAAGGAAGUGAGAAUUUUGUUAUAGAUGUUCAGAAUCGGUAUGAUGAAACUUCAGUUAGGAAUGUAUGCUCAUGUUGUCAGAUCAAAAAUGCUGAUAGGUUUAAUUAUUCAAACUUUGAUAAAAAAGCUUACGAACUUAAUGAAAAGGCAAUAAGAGUUAAUGUAUCAUUGUGUGUAAAAUUCUUGCGUUUUGAGAUUAACUGCAUUCCAAAGGAACUGAAAUAUGAAAUGUUUCGAGUUACAAAAGGCCAGUUUAUUGUUUCGGCGAAUGAUGUUUGGAUGGAAUUGAUAGAGGUUGACUCACUCCCUUAUCUUUACUUCCUUAAGUACAAAAUAUAUGGUUGUAAAGGACAUUAUGAAGAACAACAGCUGGCGCUCUCUGAGUUAAUCAGGGUAACUAACACUACGCCGUUUCUUGGACACAAGGAAACUGCCUUCAAUUUGAUUGGACAAUGUUUAGAACAAGAGAACUGUGUGUAUGACGCUUUAAGAUAUUAUAUCAAAUCUCUUAAAAUACGCCCACAAGUAAAUGCCGCAAACAUACAUAUUUGUAGAGUGAUUUCAACUCUUAUCAGUAGUCGAAAAGCUGAUUCGUAAUUAUGCUACAAAAUCUAACAUUCCAUAUGUUUACUUCAAUAGACCCAUUGUAGGUAAACAGCUUUCAACAAAGUAAAUAUACAAAUCAUACAUAAUGAGCAUAAAAAUCGGGAAAUUGCAAAAAUAUCUUGCUUGUCAAAUGCAUUAUUGACACAGUAGAUGUUUGAAUUUUUAUACUGCAUUUAUAAAACGCCUUGAAAAAAAACACUAUAAAAUGUGAGAAUCUGUCGAGCAUUUCAACAAGUUUUAGUCAACGAAAUUAAUAAAUUCAAAGAGCCUCGCAAUAUAAUUUUAUUGAAUUAUUUUAAUAAAUUCAAUAUAUAUUUGACCAAUAAAGCUUUUGAAUUAUUUUCGAAAGUUUUACAUUUUUAUAAAGAAAUGUUAUCUUCACCUAAGUAAACAUUCGUCAACAGGUAAAAGAAAAGUCAAAUUGUUAUUUUGAAACAUUUUGGUGUUCUAAGCGUCUGAUAUUUCUAAUGAAAUACACUAUCAAAUAAAUUCAAAACUAUUAAGAUACUUUGGAAUAUAAAAAACACAUUACCGACCUUUGAGCUCGUUAUAAUGAUUUUGAUAUGAAUCGUAGUUGUAGUGUUUAUUUACGUUCUAUUUACCAUAAUGCAGAACUGUAUAAUGAUAUAUAGAGGCAAUGCUACAAGAGAUGUUGUUAUCUGAUUCGCUGAGAGGCGGGGCUAAACAAUAAUUUUAUACAUAAGAACACUGCAAUAGUGUCUUAUAUUUAAUGAGAAAUCCAGGAAAUCCCUAUUUACAGAAGAAGUGAAUAAAGCAGUCAGUAUUUUAUACAAGGUUUUUCUUUUGUUCAAAUAGCUAAUCUACUGACGAUUUAUCAGUAAAAGGUAACAUUCUGCAACUGUGAUCAAUCUAAAACAUCUGAAGCAAUGUCAGUUUUCCAAAAUGUGUUAUAUCGCUGAAAUUUCAGCUAUGUAAUUGAAAAAAAGAAAAACCAGUUUAUCAGUCAAAUAGUGCCAUUAAAGUUUAUGCAUUUGGUAUAAAACGCGAAAUACAGGCACUAUACUCUGGUAUUCUAUACAUAAUUUUCUUCUUACCUCUAGAGUUUUUGUAA